AUGGAGCUACCACUUACUCCUACCGCCGAUUCCAAAGUAUGCAGUAUUAUACGAUUCUGGAAGAAUAGGCAUAGCAUCACAAGCUCUAGGAAUCGCUCAGGCAGCUUUAUAGAUUGUGCUGUUGAGUAUGCUGGUAAAAGAACAGCAUUCGGCGCACCUAUAUCCAAGUUGCAAGCUAUUCAGCAUAAAAUUGCAGACAUGGCUCUGAAACUUGAGAGUGCAAGACUUCUCACAUGGCGUGCCGCUUAUUUGAAAGAUUUGAAGCAGCCUUUCUCAAAAAUAAGCACAUGUUUUGUAUUAUUAUAAAAUUAUUUGAUUGUAUGGUAUGAU